CGGGGCGGGCAAAGUGCGAGGCAGGUGUGACAAAAGGCAGCCGCGGACAGGUAGGUCUGUGCCAGCCCGGUGGGCACGGGGGGUGCUGGGGUCAGGGAGGAGCUGUGGCCACGGGAACAGGGGGUGUCACGGCUUGUGCCCCCACUCUCUGCCAUCCCUCUCUUCUCCACCCGAGGACCAUGGGGCUCCGCAGUGUGACCAUCCUGCUGGGCACGGCCCUGCUCCUGCUGGCACCCGGCAGCACCCAGGCUCUGAGCAGCUCCUGGUGGAAGGACCUGGCCACAGUGCAGGAUUUGGCUGAGGAAAGCAUCCUGGGUGUGGGAACACCAGAGGAGGGUGAACCAGGUAUAAAGGUCUUCUCCAGCAGUGCCUGGGCUCAGAGGGGCCCACCCCAAGGCCAGGCAAGGCCAGAAGAGGAUGGUGACCACCUGUACCAGCCCCAAGAUGGUGCCAGGGAGGCCCGUGUGCCAUUCUGGAUGCCGGUCCCAGAGGUGCAGAAUGGCCCGGAGGAGGAUCGUGACCACCUGUACCACCCCCAGGACAAUGCCAGGGAGGUCAAUGCCCGUGUGCCAUUCCGGAUGCCAGCCCCAAAGGUGCAGAAUGGCCCGGAGGAGGAUCUUGACUACAUCCACCAUGGCUGAGUGAAGAUGUGCCUGGGCUGUGAGAUGAGGGGUGGGAGCUGCCCCUGGGGUUUCCUGGGGAAAUUUGUCCCUUCCUACUGAGCCUUGAGCCUCACCAAUAAACCCAUUCCCCUCUCCA